AUGCGGGAUAUCGUCUCUAUCUUGCCACAUCAGCUAAAGAAUGAUUUAAAGAGUGUGAUAACGCUGAAGCUGAACAAGCGCUUUGCCAACAAGGUGAUCAUCGAUCUUGGAUUAUGCAUUUGUCUCUUCGAUUUGAUCGAAAUUGGGGACACGUAUCUGGGAGAUGUGCGAGAUGGAGAUGGAGAUGUGCGAGAUGGAGAUGGGGAUGGGCGAGAUGGAGAUGGAGAUGGGCGAGAUGGAGAUGGGGAUGGGCGAGAUGGAGAUGGGGAUGGGCGAGAUGGAGAUGGGGAUGGGCGAGAUGGAGAUGGAGAUGUGCGAGAUGGAGAUGGAGAUGUGCGAGAUGGAGAUGGAGAUGUGCGAGAUGGAGAUGGGGAUGGGCGAGAUGGGAUGGGGAUGGGCGAGAUGGAGAUGGGUGUGCGAGAUGGAGAUGGGGUGGGGGGGGGGGGUGGGCGAGAUGGAGAUGGAGAUGUGCGAGAUGGAGAUGGGGAUGGGCGAGAUGGAGAUGGGGAUGGGCGAGAUGGAGAUGGAGAUGUGCGCGGGCACAUAAAAUGUUUAAAA